GUCCGAAAAUGUUACACUUUUAAAAACACAGCUCGUUUUCGCUCAUGACCUGUAAUUAUAAUUCUUAUUGUAAAUUGUGGGAUGUUAUUAUGCUGCUGGCUAUGGAGAUCUGCAUUAUUUGUAGUUCCUCUUUUAAAUAUUUGACUACGAGGCAACAGUUGUUGAACCUUCGAUGCAUAACUGAUCUGGACAUAAACGUGCUUAACUUUAAUCUAUAUUGCAUUAUUUUUGUAAUUUUAACAUUCAUAUUCAGUGCAUGCGUGUGUUUUAUAAAAAUGAGACACUUGUCUAAAGAUAGAUACCAGAUUAAUACACUUGAAGUAUCCCCAAAAUACUUCUGUAAUCAUCGUAAUUUCGUUUAUUCACCGGAGCGACGCAGACUGAACACAAAGACCGAUAUUUUACUCAAAAAAAUUCACAACUUUAUUUCAUUUCAUGAUGCAUUCCACUUUUCCCUACAUCUGGUCAGUGCUUUAGUUUUAAUGUUACCAUUACCGAUAUCUACUGGAGAACAGUUGAGACUUGGAUUGCUUGCUCCACAUGCUUUGUGGCAAACAGACCUCAGUUUUAUUUUUCCUCCACGUUCACUGUCUACACGACUAAAUGCUCUUGGUGUUGAUGAAGAAAGACUAAUGAUAAACUCUGAACCAUUAAUGUCAUCAAUUCUGGCCCUGCAACCACCUGCAGUUGGUGGAUUGGGUCAGUGGCCUGAAACAAAUUUUCAACUUGAGUUAGCAAGCACUUUUCAUUGGUCGAAGAAUGGAUACAUUUUAGUACAAAAACCUAAUAUGAUUGCACAUUAUACUAACUUCAUUAUUCAGUCAACUUCCAUAGAACUAGUGAAUUUUUUAAUUGCUGGUUUAUUCUUCGCUAUUCAACUUUCAGUGGUGUUCUGGAGGAUUUCUCCAGCAUACACGUGUAUUUCCUGUAUACUCAUUGCUCUAGUUAUAAUUCAAACCACCAUUGAAUAUUCAGCUGUGAGUGUGAUUGUCAAAAUUUCAAUCUCUCUUGGGCACAACCGUGUUUACGAACAAAAAGAAAAUAUCAGUUUGUCCUUCUCAUUAGCAGAAUUAAGGGAUAGUUUUAACUUUUUCUCAUCACCUGUAUACUUUUCGCCAUGGUUUAUAGUACUGUCAGCUACGUUAGCAUUUUUGCUAACAUAUAUGUAUCUCAGUACACUAUACACUUUUGGAAUUGCAUGUUCAAAUGAGUUCAAUGAGUGCAUUCAAAACAUCAAACAAAAAAAGAUAUUCGCCAUCUCUUCCAAUCUUGGUUUACACAGUAUGCGUCACAUAAAUACUUUUCCUUACUUUGAUGAGACCUUAAAAACUUCAGAAACUCAUCAAGAAGUGGGACCUGUUUUCUGCACCAGUCAAAAUAUAAAAGCAAUCAGUAUGCCAAUAAAGCCUUUUAGGAUUUCUUUAAGUGCAAUAUUUUUCUUGUUGACAAGCGUGAUACUCCGAAUUCCUAUCUACUAUGAUUUAAUGAAUAUAUACUGGGACAAUGGUGAUUCUCUCUGUCUGACAUCAACUAUACUUACAAUAGCUAACCUUAUUCUAGGACUGUUAAUAUGGUCUUUUCUUCCUAUUAAAAUGAGGUGGUUAUUUGAACACCACAAUACAAAGACAUCUUCAAUUUCUCACGUUGCUUACAAUCCAGUCACCCUUAAUUGUCAAUCCUAUGAGCAUGAUACCGAAGCCUCAUCAAGAGAUAGAAUAAGAAGUCUUCAUACUAUGAAUGGAAAUGUGACCAGAAAUACUCAAAUGCAUCUAGAAUCGAAUAUUCUUUUCGAAACUCAAGAAAACAAAACUGCUUCAGAUUAUUACUGUAGAAAUGAAUUAAAUCAGGACAGCUUACCUCAAAGAUUAGAAGAAAAGCUUUCACAUAUUAUUUGCCCAUUAACUGAUUGCAUAACUAGUGUCCAAUCCAUUUUACCCUAUGAGAAGGAGAAAUGUGGUAAAUACAGAUGUCCAGCAAAAACCCACCGUCAAACAUACUCAUCAGAAUUUAAUAACUAUAUUACCGAUUCCCAUAGGGUCAUUGAAAAUCCAGAAGCUGAGGACUCACUGAAAAAUUCAAAAAUACUUCAGAACAAAGCUCUUAGAGAGCAAGUAUCACAAGUUGAUGAUAAUAUGACACAUGGUUCCACGAUAUAUACCUCAUAUAACAAAACACCGCUUACUACAAAACCAUAUGAAGCAACUGUCUCUGCCUACAAGCAGACUUCAAAAACAAAUAUUGCUGAUUCCACCAAAGAUAUAAGUAUGUUUUACGUCAAUAAUGAUACAGAGUACAGACUAUGUGGUUGUAACUGCCUGAAAGAAAAUGAAACUCGAAAAAUGCAUGUAAAAUGCUUCAAAAAUGAAACUUCUUCAAAACUGAAAAAGCAUGAAUUAAAGGUAAGUUGUUCAGAAAAGUGGCAGAGGAAUGAUACUGAGGAACACUACUCUUCUGCUUACAGUAAAGGCCAACAGAAUUAUUAUUUUGACGAUAAAAUAUCAAAAAGGCAAAAGACUUCAAUCAAGAACAGUUUGUAUUGUGGUCACUUUAAGCAAGAACCUACGAAACAAAAUAUGGAACCCUCUUUGUCUUGUGACUCGAAUAGUAAAGUGAAUUUAGAAAGAUUUCGCAAUGCUUCCAUAACUCUAUACUGUAAUCGCUUUAAUGCUCCAAAGUCAAAAAAUUGAUGAGAACGACUGCUGACUGAGGAAGCCUUCUUUAAUAUAUUUUCUAUCAUCAUUGUAAUUGAUUUCUGACUACCAUUCAACAGAAAAGUUAGUAAUAAACCCAAAUGAGUUUAAAGGCAAAUAACAAUCUGAAAUAUAAAUGACGUUUCAUCUGUUUAUAAUGUAUGGUUUUCAUACAAAUACUUAAUAAGUUACAUUCGUAAAUAAGUAUCAUUACAGAGUUGCCAUCUUUCCGAUAUGCAUUUAGUUCAGUUGUGCACUUCAUAUGUCAGUGUUAUUCUGUAAAACAUUUUUCAUAGAAUUCCUCAUUUUGUUUUUCUUUUCUUUCGUUAACAUUCAAAAGACUUGAGUUUGCUGUUUAAACGUAGAACCGUCAUAUUUAUGAUUACCUACUGUUUGUUUACACAUUAAACACAAAUGAUGAGACAGCAGAGUCGUUAAGAAAUCAUGAAAACUUAUGUGUAGUCCUUAUAUGAAUUACAUUUAUACGACGGAGAAUAUUUGUAGCUCAGAAGGAUAAUUUCGAUGGUACUAUAUUCUCUAAGCUGGAUGGUUUAAUCGUAUCUCUGAACUGGGUGGUUUAAUCAUGAAGCUCUCAUUGUCAUUCUGAGCAACAUCAGCAGAAACUUCUUUCAGGGGAAUAAUUAUCACUACUGAUGGGUGUAAUGAAAGGCUGAAAAAGGUGUUUCGAAUGGUGUGAUGACUUCCUGUUCAGCUUCUGUUAAUCAAUGACAUCUAAUAACAAAAACUUCAGUAGUCUGGAGAAGCAGUCAAGUAAAUUUUAACUAAUCAAGAAGACUAUCCUCUAGUACUGUCUGUUGUCAUGCUCACAAUGUGAGCCUUAAUACUAUAACACUAAACCUAGUUUAUUUAUCAUUUUUCUAAUCACUACCAUUGUGAUAAUUAUUUGUGGUCUUUAUUCAAUUUUACUACCGACUUGUAUAGGUUGGUGUUUUUUUCAACUGACAACAUAAUAAACCUUCAAAUAUUAAACGUGACUGAAAUCUAUCAAUAUAAGUCGUAUAUUUUC